GGAAAAUAAGAAGAAAAAAAGAAAAGAAAAGAAAUAGAGGAGAAUUGCUGUAAGAAAAAACAUAGAAGAACACAAAAAACAUCCGUUGGUUAGAGAGAGAGAGAGAGAGAGAGAGAGUUGGGUUCACGUUUGUUUUUGUAGGUGGUGGCGGUGAAGGUUGUGUUUGUUCUUUUGGAGAUCUUGUCGCUCAGAUCGGAAGCAGAGAGAAGGGGGAAAGAAAGCCCAUAUGUUAACCAAGUGGCUUUGGUGCACUAAUAUUAUUUUAUAAUUCAGGAUAUGGCAAAUGGGGAGGGAUGUUACAGGUUUACGUAUUGAUAAGAAGACCAAUAUGGUCAAUGAUAAAUCGAAUGGUACCCUUCAUAGUGCAGUUCAUGCCGCUCCCAAGGCCUUACCAGAAAAAUCUGAAAGAAAGGACUAUCAGCCAGAGGAUCAUAACACAAAAGGCAGACUUCCUAAUGAAUUCAAUGAGCAGCAAGAUGUGCUAGGGGUGAAAAGCACCAACCAUGAGCCUGCGGAAAAAAUCAUUAAGGCUGAAGCUCAGAAGUCAACUGAUAAAAAGUUAAGCUCACCUGCAAAGCCAGCAUCAGGGUCUGCUGCAAAUUCUUUUGAGCCUCUGACACCCGGUCUAGAAGCUGACAAACAAACUUCUUCUGCAACCUAUGCUAAUGGCACUGAAAACAACAAUUUUGGAGUACAAGUCCUGCCUAAGUCUAAUGAUUCGCAUUCCCCAAAGUCAUCUAAAAAAUCUCAGUCAAACUCAAAUUUCAUGUCAAGGAAGCUGCCGCAGCCUAAUGACAAAAAUUAUUACGAUGAAGAAGAUAAUUGGUCCUUGGCAUCCUCUACCGCAACUUCUGUGCGGACCAGAAUUACAGUUCCAGUAGCUCCAAGAUUCAGCUGCGUGGACCGUUUAGAGAGACGUAAGGAGUUUUACUCUAAGUUGGAAGAAAAACACAAAGCCUUGGAGAAAGAGAAACUUGAAUAUGAAGCUAGAACCAAGGAAGACGAACAAGCAGCUAUAAAGCAGCUGAGGAAGACCAUGGUGUACAAAGCAAAUCCAGUUCCUAGUUUUUAUCGUGAAGGACCUCCACCAAAAGUAGAGCUUAAAAAGUUGCCAGUCACCCGUGCCAAAUCACCAAAUCUAACGAGGAGAAAGAGCUGCGGUGAUGCAGUGAAAUCAUCUCCUGAUGACAAGGGACUUUGUGGACGAGCAACUCGUCACAGUGUGGGUAUUUACAGAGAAGGCAAAGCCUCUCCUGUUCAGAAGAAAUCGUCUCCGCUUACUCCGAAGAGUAAGGAUCAUGCUGGUCUGCGAAAGUCGAACGGAUCCAACAAAGUCAAGAAGAACAGUCCACAACAAUUUAAAGAGACGACCGGGAGCUCUCAUGUCAAAGAGGAGGCCAACGUGGAUGUCUCCGUUGAGUCUUGAAGAAGUUCAUCUUUGUAGUUUUAGUUUUUCCUUUAGAACGGGAAGCUCUCGAGUUUUCCAUAUGAUUGAUCAAAAUGUUUCGGCAAGGCGAGACUAUCUUGCACAAAGUGACUUGCCAAAGGUGGUGUCUGAAUUCUGAGUUGUAUAUUGUGUCAUUUAUACUGUCAUGUAUUGCACACAAGGGCUGUCCUGAACACAUUUUGCUUGAAAAUAUUACCCUAAACAACUGGUCAUUUGGCUCUACUUUGUA